GCCCAGAGGCCGGGCGGGGCCCCGGAGCUGGAAGGGGGAGGGGCUCUUUCCUUUCCUCAGCCGGCGCCCCAAGCUGGGCUGGCGGUCUCCGGGCGGCCUCCAGGGCCCCGGCCCAUCGCCGGGUGGACUGCCCCGCCCGGGCUCUCCGGCUCCUGUCCUCAGCCGGGCUCGCUCUGCUCCUCUGGUGUGUUUGCGAGGCUAGGGGUGGGGUUGGCGAAGCAUGUGCCCUCUGACUCCCGCGGCUCCAGGACAGGUGGACAGGUCUGUGGUGAAUCAAGAGGCAGGGCCUGUCGGCCUCAGAGGGAGAAGUGCAGGAUGGGAGGAGACACAGUAGGAAAAAUGAAGAAACAAGUCACAGAUUGGGAGAAGAUAUUUGCAACAUCUUUUGGUGUCCAGAUCUGUAAAGAACUACCAAUCAUAAGAAAAAGGCCAAGAACCCAUUAGAAGAGUGGUCAAAAGACAUGAUAAGGAGACUCUUUUUGCCCCAUCUGAAGUCCAUAUGGCUCUGUAUGAUGAGGACCUCCUGAAAAAUCCCUUCUAUCUGGCUCUUCAAAAGUGGCGUCCUGACUUGUGCAACAAGGUGGCCCAAACCCGUGGCAUUGUGUUAGUACCCUGCAAAGGAAGCCUGUCAGGCAGUGUUCAGUCUACUUGUCAGUUUGAGUCCUAUAUUUUGAUCCCAGUGGAAGAACACUUUCAGACCUUAAAUGGAAAGGAUGUCUUUAUCCAAGGAAACAGGAUUAAACUAGGAGCUGGUUUCGCCUGUCUUCUCUCCGUGCCCAUUCUCUUUGAAGAAACUUUCUACAAUGAAAAAGAAGAAAGUUUCAGCAUACUGUGCAUAGCCCAUCCUUUGGAAAAGAGAGAGAGUUCAGAAGAGCCUUCAACACCCUCAGAUCCCUUUUCCCUGAAAACCAUCGAAGAUGUGAGAGAGUUUUUGGGAAGACAUGCAGAGAGAUUUGACAGGAACAUCGCCUCUUUCCAGCGAACGUUCAGAGAGUGUGAAAGAAAGAGCCUCCGUCAUCACAUAGACUCCGUGAAUGCUCUCUACACCAGAUGCCUCCAGCAGCUGCUGAGGGACUCCCACCUGAAAGUGCUCGCCAAGCAGGAGGCCCAGAUGAACCUGAUGAAACAGGCUGUAGAGAUGUAUGUCCAACACGAUAUUUACGACCUGAUCUUUAAAUAUGUGGGGACCAUGGAGGCAAGUGAGGAUGCUGCCUUUAACAAAAUCACAAGGAGCCUUCAAGAUCUUCAGCAGAAGGAUAUUGGUGUGAAACCUGAGUUCAGCUUCAACAUACCUCGUGCCAAGAGGGAGCUGGCUCAGCUGAACAGGUGCACGUCCCCGCAGCAGAAGCUGGCUUGUUUGUGGAAGGUGGUGCAGCUGAUCACCCAGUCUCCCAGCCAGAGAGUUAACUUGGAGACCAUGUGCGCUGAUGAUCUGCUAUCAGUCCUGUUGUAUUUGCUUGUGAAAACAGAGAUCCCUAAUUGGAUGGCAAAUUUGAGUUAUAUCAAGAACUUCAGAUUUAGCAGCUCAGCAAAAGAUGAACUGGGAUACUGCCUGACCUCAGUUGAGGCUGCAAUUGAAUAUAUUCGGCAGGGAAGCCUCUCCGUUAAGCCACUGGAGUCCGAGGGGUUUGGUGACAGACUGUUCCUUAAGCAGAGAAUGAGCUUGCUGUCUCAGCUGACCUCAACUCCCAUUGACUGCUUGUUUCAGCACAUCGCAUCAGGUAACCAGAAAGAAGUGGAAAGACUUCUGAGCCAGGAAGACCGAGAUAAAGAUGCCGUCCAAAAGAUGUGUCACCCUCUGUGCUUCUGUGAUGACUGUGAGAAACUCGUCUCAGGGAGGCUGAAUGACCCCUCCAUUGUCACUCCAUUCUCCAGAGACGACAGGGGUCAUACACCGCUCCAUGUGGCUGCCCUCUGCGGGCAGGCAUCCCUCAUCGACUUUCUGGUUUCCAAGGGCGCGGUGGUGAACGCUACAGACUACCAUGGCUCCACCCCGCUGCAUCUUGCGUGUCAGAAGGGCUGUCAGAGCGUGACGCUGCUGCUGCUGCACUACAAAGCCAGCACCGAAGUGCAAGACAACAACGGCAACACCCCUCUGCACCUGGCCUGCACCUACGGCCACGAAGACUGUGUGAAGGCUCUGGUCUACUAUGACGUGCAGUCCUGCAGACUAGAUAUUGGUAACGAGAAAGGAGACACUCCCCUGCACAUUGCUGCCCGCUGGGGUUACCAAAGCAUCAUAGAGACGUUGCUACAGAACGGAGCGUCCACAGAGAUCCAGAACAGGCUGAAGGAAACGCCCCUCAAGUGUGCAUUAAACUCAAAGAUUCUGUCCAUGAUGGAAGCCCACCAUCCGUCCUUCGAGAGGGGGCAGAAGUCUUCAGAGGUAAGAGAACGGGGCUGCGUUUGCCGGCCCUACUUGAGACCAGCCUCUGUCUGGCCCUCACCCACCCCUCACCGGGCUCCCUGGCUGCAGGUGCCCGCGCGGCCCCCUCAGUGCCCCGUGGAUUCCGUCAGCCAGGGCUCCUGCGCUUCCAGCUUCUCCUCCGCGUCGCUGAGCUCCAGGCAAGAGGAGCCCAGAAAGUUCUACAGGGAGCCCACAGAGCAGACCAUGGCGUGGAUGUGCCCAUCCCCUGCAGGUGGGGAGCCCUCACUGACUCCGCCCCGGGCUCCUCCUUCGCUGUCACCCCCAGGCUGUGACCUGCUCUCGGAGGGCCCAGUAGAAAAGCUUUUAAGAGCCAUUGCUGAUGGAGACCUAGAAAUGGUGCGUUACCUGUUGGAGUGGACAGAGGAGGACCCGGAUGAAGCGGAGGAUGCUGUCAGGGCGGUGGAUCUUGAAUUUUGUCACCCCUUGUGCCAGUGCCCCAAAUGUGCUCCAGCUCAAAAGAAGCUGGCAAAGAUUCCUGCCAGUGGGCUUGGUGUGAAUGUGACCAGCCAGGAUGGUUCCUCCCCACUGCACGUUGCUGCCCUGCAUGGUCGGGCGGACCUCCUUCUCCUCCUCGUGAAGCACGGUGCCAGUGUGGGGGCCAGAGACGCAAAGCAGGCCGUCCCACUCCACCUGGCCUGCCAGAAGGGCCACUUCCAGGUGGUGAAAUGUCUACUAGAUUCUAAUGCAAAACCCAAUAAAAAGGAUAUAAGUGGAAACACACCCCUCCUUUAUGCUUGUUCCAGAGGCCACCACGAAGUUGCGGCACUGUUGCUGCAGCAUGGGGCCUCCAUUAAUGCUUCUAACAAUAAGGGCAACACAGCACUGCACGAGGCUGUGAUAGAAAAGCACGUCUUCGUGGUGGAGCUGCUUCUGCUUCAUGGAGCAUCAGUUCAGGUCUUGAACAAGAGGCAGUGCACAGCUAUAGACUGUGCUGAACAGAAUUCAAAAAUAAUGGAAUUGCUUCAGGUAGUACCAAGCUGUGUGGCCACGUUAGAUGAUGUUGGAGAAACAGACCACAAGGAGUACGUUACUGUCAAGAUCAGGAAAAAAUGGAACUCCAAAAUGUAUGAUCUACCAGAUGAACCUUUUACAAGACAGUUUUACUUUGUCCACUCAGUUGGUCAGUUUAAGGGAAGGACCUCGAGGGAGAUUAUGGCAAGAGAUAGAAGUGUCCCUAAUUUUGCUGAAGAUUCUUUGCAUGAGCCAGGGAGGCAAAGAGUCACUCGGAAGCAGAAUAACCUGCCAGACCAGAGCAGCUCUCAGACAGCUGACAAAGGAAACGAUGGUCAGCCGGAGAGGCCUGGACCGAGACAAACUGCUCCUGGACAAAGGCGAAUGUUCCGUAGACACAUAGUCAAUGAUGCGGUUGUACCCAAGGGCCCAGAGACUGCUGGCAACCUGACCACUCCCCAAGAGGCUAGCAUUUCCCAAUCUUAAUAGUAAUAAGGAAUUAUCUACUGCCAAGAAGUGAGUCCUCAACAAGAAGAUGCCAAGCCUGAGUACAGCUUAGAACUAAACGAACUUACUGUUUGUCUUGAGAGAAAAGCAGAAAGGUCCUGAAAGCUUUUCUGUGGCAGAUGGAAAGAAUGCAACAACAAAAAGCUAUCACCAUCUCUUUCCUCUUCAACGCUAAUGGAUACACUUGAAAAGGAAUGGACAAAAGUUCCAGUAGUGUCCAGAUCCUUAAGACGCUUCUUCUUAUGUAUUAGGGUUCCUUGGUUACAGUGAGGUUUCAUCACCAGAUUCUGAUCUCCUUCUACUGAAAGGUGCUAGACCUCUGGGAUGUGUAUAAACUUGCAAACCACAGCUAAAAGAAUUCCUCCCUCUGCGAUAAGCUGAAGAAAAGCAAUUUAGGUUUCAUGGUACCGUGGAGGCCGGGCGGAAAUGUUGCAUUGGAAUGAAGGAAAUAGGACCUGAAAAAUGUCCCUUUGCAAGCAACACUUGAACCCAAAGAUGCCUAAAUGCCAUUUUGAUGCUCAUUUUAGUUGAAAGGACACAUAUGACAUGUUCUACACUAUGUAUGUGGGGAAAGUUGGGUAUAAUUUUUCUUCUAAAAAAUUAA